CUCAGUCAGUGUCGGCGUUUCAAGUGGCAAGACGCGUCUACCUCUUUUUUGCUUAUCGCCUACUGUUCUGUUUGUAUUUCUUAUCGGAAGAACCCUCCAAAAUUGACACUUUCUUUUCCAACCAGAACCGGUUGCGACCUUCACAUUGGUUCCGAUUCUUGACCAGGAAGGAAGAUGAUCUCCGCCAGAGCGCUGCACUAUGUCUUUAAAAUUGGAAAUCGAGCGGCGAACAUUAACUUUUUUCGCGACAUUCUUGGAAUGAAGGUGCUGCGUCACGAGGAAUUCACCCAAGGUUGUGAUGCCGCUUGCAAUGGCCCGUACGACAACCGCUGGAGCAAAACCAUGAUCGGGUACGGUCCGGAGUCGUCCCACUUCGUGAUCGAGCUAACGUACAACUACGGCGUCAAAUCGUACGAGCUGGGCAACGACUUUGGCGGCGUCACGAUCGCCUCGGCCGAGAUCGUCGAUCGUGCCACCAGGCACGGCUAUCCGGUGGUGGCCGGCGCCGGCCAUUCCGUGCUGACCUCCCCGGACGGGUACAAGUUCUUCAUCGUGAACGAGGCGACCGGGGAGUCGGAUCCGGUGCGGAAGGUCACGCUGAACGUGACGGAUCUGGAGCGAUCGGUCAAGUACUGGCACGAGACGCUGCAGAUGAAGCAGGUGACGAAGGGAGCGGAUUGGGCGGAACUUACUUACGGAGGAUUCGUGCUGAAGUUGGCCAAGAUCGAGGGGGCGCUGGAUCGCGCCAAGGCGUACGGACGGAUUGCGUUCGCCGUUCCGUUCGAGGUUCAGCCGAAGAUCGACGAGAUCAUUAAGGCUGCGGGAGGGACGAUUUUGACGCCGUUGAUUUCGCUGGACACGCCGGGGAAGGCCACCGUCAGGGUGAUCAUUCUGGCCGAUCCGGACGGGCACGAGAUCUGCUUCGUGGACGAGGAGGGUUUUUCGCAGCUGUCCCAGGUUGAUCCGGAGAGCAACGGGCAGCUGGACAAGUACAUCCAGAAGGAUCCCUUCCAGGACAAGUGAUAUUUUAAAGAUAUUUAAAGAUGUUAAGUUUUUAAAGAAUAAUAAAUAACACACCUCCUAAAAUUCAA